AUGUCGACCGUCUCUUCGGUGACCGUAUCGCCGCUCGCUUACAAGAAGCUGGUCCUGCACACGGCAAAGUAUCCCACUGCGAGGGUCUUUGGCUUUCUUCUCGCCGACCCAACUUCCCCGCAAACUCUCACCAUCGUCGACUCGGUUCCGCUCUCACAUCACUGGACCGCGCUCGCACCUAUGGCCGAAGUAGCUCUCUCCCUCGCUACCUCGUAUGCAUCGACGAGGAACCUGGCUGUCGUCGGACUGUACGAGGCGCCGGAGCUCGUAGCUGAGCGCACGCCUUCGCACCAGGCAGGCAAGCUGGCGGAAAAGAUCGCCAGUUUGGCCAACAGAGAGGCUCUCUUGCUUUUGGUCAACAACGCAACCCUGCUCGAUGCAAGGUCGCACUCUCUGAACGCAUAUGCAGUGUCGGCAGCGAGCGGCAAGGGAGACGCGAAGCCAAAGGCGUUGCAGGCAUCGAGCGUGACGUUGCAAGAUCAGAGCAAGGCAGCAGAGCUCGAGAGCGCCGUAAGAAAGCAGGGCGCUUGGGAGAAGCUCGUCGACUUUGAUGAUCACCUCGAAGACCCGUCGCUCGACUGGCUGCAGAACUCUGCCAUUACAGCCUGA